AGUCUGAAAACUAGUACUUGCAAAACUGCAUGUUACUGUUCAGCAGAAUCUUCCAAACCCAACUUGUAAAAGAAAUAAACAUAUAAACACGCUUUCUUCAUUGCUCGGGAUUCUAAACCAAUCCCUAAAUUGAGAUAUCAUCGUCCCGGGUCUCGCAAUCUCCGCCAUUGGGUUCCGUGUUUUUGUCAGUAGUUUGAGUCUGAUCCACCUUUCUGUCAUCACAAGACUCUCUCCCCUAUCUGCGUAUGUAUUGAGAUUGUGGUUCAGUUAAAGGCAGGAAGGAUUCCUCCACUGAGAAGGAAAAAUGGAAUUGGGAACCUCAGAGUCAUCAUAUCCAGGUUCAGGGAACUGGGAGAUCCCAAUUGAUCUGUUCGGUUCCAAAAAGCAUGCCGGAGUCCCUCGUGGUGUUCUAGCAUUUGCAGAUGAGUCUGAUAACGUAGUCUUCAGGGUGAACCGUCACCCACCCAAUCCUAACUCAUCGCCCCUUCCCAAGGACAAGAAAGUAUUGCUCGACGCCUCAGGCCAUACCCUCUUCUCCAUAUAUAGCUAUCAUAAUGGAUCUUGGAAGUGCUAUAAGGGAGACAGUGAUGGGAAUAAGGAGCUGGUGUUUAGAGUGCAGAGAACCCUCAAAACAUUUACUAGAGUUGAGUUAGAGGUGCUUUUUGAGAGUGGAAGAUCCAAUGAUGAAGGUUGUGAUUGGAAAGUGAAGGGUUCCCCUUUCCAGAGAUCAUGCUGCAUCUAUAAAGAUGCUGACUUGGUUGCACAGAGUAGCCUGAUGUAUAAGCUCCACCAAAUAUUUGUCAGUAGGGGAAAAUUUCGUCUAACAAUCUUUCCGGGGACUAUUGAUCAUGCUCUAAUCGUGGCUAUGUUUGUGAUAUUUUUAAGUGGAAGAAAGUAGUGUCAUUGACCCAAAUGAAACUGCAAGGAGAAAAAAAGGUUUUGAUUAAUGUCUUUGAUGAUCUUCCUGUCUCACUCAUACACAUUUAUUUUUCUCAUAACAUCGGUUCAUUCAUUGACUAAUAAGGGGAACAAAUGGGAUAUUGUUCUUUAUAGGAAGCAAUGUUUUAUUUAAACCGGUGCUAGAUCAAAUCCCCAGAAACAUUUUCAUUGUUAUUGAACUGGGCAACUCAUGAAACAUUUGUCAUUUCUCCUCCCUAUUGGAUAAUACUUUUAUUUCACCUAUCUUCAUUCUCUCCAUUCAUUUGGAACGUAGCCAGUAUGUAUGAAAAUAUAGAUAUAGAUUUGGAGGAAGCAUCCACAAUUAGAAUACAGAUCCAACCAUAGAGAACCAGAGACUGGUCAAACAAAAUAUCUGUACUGAAAUUUGAUUCAGCAAUCAAUGUAUUUAUUUAGUGAAAUUGGACACAUUUGGAUCUACUAUUAUGCUAGUACCGUUCUGUUGUAUUUGACCUGUGUUUUUGUUUUUGUUCUCAAAAGUCAAGUAAAUGUAGUCUUUGUAA